AUGCAUGUUGCUUCCUACAAAAGCCAAGCGCUUAUCAGUUUGCUCUUGCUCGAGAUUGGAUGCACUCUUAUUUUCUUAGUUGAUGUUAUCCGCUGUGUUGCCUACGAUUAUCGUGCGCAACCUCCUCCAGCUAUGACUGCGUCAGGAACACAGGACGAUGUGAACCAACCACCAAAGCAAGAGCAAGUAGAAGAAGCAAUUGUCAAAACGGAACCACCAGAAAGUAACGACAACGGCAACGAGCAUUCUGAAGGGCAGAAUGGACAGAGAUCUGAUCGCAAAACUGGGUCAUGCAAAUGGUUCAACGUACUGAAAGGCUUUGGUUUCAUCGUUCUUGAUGGCACGAAUGAGGAUGUUUUUGUUCAUCAGUCGGAAUUGCAAAUGGAAGGUUUUCGUAGUCUGGAGGAGGGAGAGCGCGUAGCGUUCUAUGUGCGCACUCGUAACAGUGGACAACGAGCCGGUGCUCUAGAAGCCUUCGAGGUCGGUCCUGAAGAUCCAAGUAAGACUUUGAAAGGCAGCAGCAUCCGUCCACUAGGAGCCAAGAAAGACCGCAUGAUCAGGUGCUACAAAUGUGGUCGGUUCGGCAAUCAUAUGGCUCAACGUUGUAGGAAAGUGGAAUCAGACCAAAAGGUCUGCUAUGGUUGUGGUGCAACAGACCAUCUAUUCAGCGCAUGUCCAAAAGUAACUCACCGAGCGAAACGAGAUGCGAACGAAGGGGAUUCUCGUCAAGAAGUAGAGACAGCUCAUUAGUUUACGCUUCAGCUUAAUUUAGGUGCAAGCUACCUCGCACAGCUUCUGCCAUUCAAAGCGAGAUAUAGUUUAGUUCUAUUAGCCAUAAUUUCGACUAAGAAUCCCCACAUUUAUGCAUGCAGUGUGUACUACUUAUUUUACAUAAUUUUACUUGUUAGCUAUUAUUAGAUGUUCGUUGUUUUAUCUCUCCAUUUCACUGCAUUUGCUCCUACUUCUCUCAGGAUUAUCUUACAUUACUCAGGCAUCUUCACACAGGUUUUGUUUUACCUCAAACAUUGUCUAAUACAGAUAUCAGCUCCCGUUCACCUCGUUGACAAUUGUUUGUUGAUAGGCACUGAUUGAUGAAGCCUUUCCAGUUUUCA